AGAGGUACUUUCAAAUGGCCUUACGUGCUGGUAAGUGCAGGGAGGCUGGGGGCUGUGUCCCAUCGUAACCCAAGUGGCACAGCUCCUCCGUGGAGAACCACCACUGAUUUGCCUCUUCUCCAAGGCUGUUCAUCCCUGACUGUUGAGAGAGGACCCUGCUGCAGCCUCCCUGUGGCCAGUAGCACAGUUCUCACCCCUUCCCAGGCCUCUCUCCGGCCAUGUCAACAGCGAGAGCUCCCGAUUCUUCUGAAGGGGACAUCGGAUGAUGAUGUCCCAUGUCCGGGCUACCUGUUUGAAGAGAUUGCUACCACAGAAAUCUCCCACGAGUCUCCGGGCAGCAGCCAGUGCCUGCUGGAGUACCUCCUGAGCCGCCUACACAGCAGCUCUGGCCACGGGAAGCUCAAGGUGCUGAAGAUCCUGCUCUAUCUGUGCAGCCAUGGCUCCUCCUCCUUCCUGCUCAUCCUCAAACGCAACUCUGCCUUCAUCCAGGAAGCUGCAGCUUUUGCGGGGCCCCCAGAUCCUCUGCACGGGAACAGCUUGUACCAGAAGGUUCGGGCGGCCGCACAGGACUUGGGGAGCACCCUGUUCUCGGACACCGUGUUGCCACUGGCUCCCUCUCAGCCUCUGGGGAACCCACCUGCCACAGGCAUGGGCUCCCAGGCCAGGCCGCACAGCACCCUCCAGGGCUUUGGCUACAGCAAGGAACAUGGCCGCACAGGGAGCUCACACGGGAAAGGCCGGCCCCUCCCCAAGCCCUGGACACACCUCCCUGAGCCAAGGCCGAGCCCAAGCCCCUUAGGACACCCUCACCCCCAGAGGACAGAGCAGAGGGAUGGAGGCAUAACUGCUGUGAGCUGGGUGUCCAGGUCACUGGGCAUGGGAAUGCCAAAGUGGAGUCCACCGGGAGCUUCCAGAGGGCCUGGGGUCCACCUGGAGGCCUCCCUCCCUGCAGCGUGUACCCCGACCUCCCCAAGCCUGAGCAGGGAGCCCAUGCGGGCACCCCGCUCCCAGAGAACGUGGGUGGGGGCCGCACUGGGCGGCCGUCCCAUCUCCCUCUCCUCAGGUGCAGGCUCGGCAGGCGAAGCCUUCCUCUCCACCAUCCAGAAGGCCGCAGAGGUGGUGGCCAGCGCCAUGCGCCCCGGGCCCGAGAGUCCCAGUACCCAGAGGCUCCUGCCGCGGGGUGACACCUACCAGCCUGCCACGAUGCCUUCAGCCAGCCACGGUCCCCCAACCCUGGGGAACCCACUCCCCGGGGCUAUUCCAGGUCCCCGAGCCGUGAGGCAUCAGCCUGGGCAGGCCGGAGGGGGCUGGGACGAGCUGGACAGCAGCCCCAGCUCUCAGAAUUCCUCCCAGAACAGUGACCUGAGCAGGGUCUCAGACUCGGGCAGUCAUUCCGGCAGCGACAGCCAUUCAGGGGCCAGCCGGGAGCCGGGCGACCUGGCAGAAAGGGUCGAGGUGGUGGCCCUGAGUGACUGUCAGCAGGAGCUGAACUUGGUGAGGACUGUGACUCGGGGACCACGCGCCUUCCUGAGCCGCGAGGAGGCACAGCACUUCAUCAAAGCGUGUGGACUGCUCAACUGUGAGGCUGUGCUGCAGCUGCUGACCUGCCACCUGCGUGGGACCAGUGAGUGCACGCAGCUGAGGGCCCUGUGUGCCAUCGCCUCCCUGGGGAGCGCCGACCUCCUUCCCCAGGAGCACAUCCUCCUCCGCACCCGGCCGCGGCUGCAGGAGCUCAGCAUGGGCAGCCCGGGACCUGUGACCAACAAGGCCACCAAGAUCCUGAGGCACUUUGAGGCCUCCUGUGGGCAGCUGUCCCCUGCCCGGGGCACCUCAGCCGAGCCUGGCCCCACAGCCGCCCUCCCAGGCCCAUCUGACCUGCUGGCCGAUGCUGUGCCUCUUGCUGGGAGCCAACUCUUCCUCCAGCCUCUGAGUUCAACCGCAGUCUCAUGCCGGAGCCCUGCUCCCUCAUCAGGGAUGCCGCCCAGCCCUGUGCCCACCCCAUCCCCGGAUGCCUCCCCCAUUCCAGCCUGCGGAGACCCCAGCAAGGCCAAGGCCAGACUGGCAGAAAGCAGGGGGUGGGGACCUGAACAGGUCCUAGGGGGCACAGACAGCCCAAAGAGAGGCCCCAGCAACUGUGCGUGGAGCCACGACUCCUUGUUUGCUGGUAUGGAGCUGGUGGCCUGCCCCCGCCUGGUGAGGGCCGGGUCUGCUGCAGGAGAGUCCUGCCUUGAUGCUCCCCAAGCCCCCCAAACAUCAUCCCAGAGGACAGCAGUCAAAGAGCCUCCUGGCGCAGAGCCGUCAGCUUUCGCGUUCCUGAACGCCUGACCCGAUGGCCUGGCGCUGGAGUCUUCAGCUUCAGCUGCUGCCUGGGGGACUCUGUGCUUCCUGAGCAGCCUCAACCGUAGCUGCUGCAGUCUCCAGGCAACUUGACCUGAGAGGAGGACCCUAGGGCUACCUCAGUUUCCCCCAUCUCCUCUGCCAGAGGCUCUGGCUAUUUGGACUUGAAUUCCUACAAGGGAUAGGCAGGUGGCAGGGCCUCAGAAAUGUUGAUCUCAGGAGUCCCAGGGGGCAACCCCUGCUUGUCUUGCCCUCAGACAUGAGGUUUCUUGUGUGAAUAUGGAAGCAACUACCAGGUUCUUUAUUUCAUUUGAUCUCAGCUCCCUCCUUCCCCAGGAGGUCAUGAGCAGUAAGCCAUCCCUUCGGGGUGGGCUGGGGGCUGAGGCUGGGUUUGGUGCACGUGGGUUGAGGGUGUCUUGUCUGGGCUCCCUUGUGCCGUCUGGUCUUUGACCACUUCAAGUUUCAGAUCCCCACGUGGCCCUUCCCUGGCUCUCACCUGCUCCUUCAUGCUGUAAUUGCUUCCUGUACACGAAGCCUCUGAUUGGAGCCUCUGGACCAUCUCAGAAGAACCUUUUGAGAGCGCUGGGGUUUAUGCUUUCUGAAUAAACACUACUGUUUACAUGAA